AUAUAUGACCGCUCUGCCAGCAGUAUCUCCGCGUUCUUUUAGGGCACCUACAGCCAUCGCGGUACUUGCAUUGCUGCCGGCUGCUCUGCAGCCAGGAGUACUGAACUAGGAUGCGAGUCCUUGACGUGAACAUUCUAUUCUUAUUGGGCUUAGUUUGUAUCAUAGCCUUGUUACAAGGGCCGACACACGUGGAGGCUGUGAUUGGUAAAAACGGUGAACCAGUUUAUGCAUCUCUGAAUCUCAAACCCGGACCACCACACAAGCCAGGACCUGGAACACUGUACACACCAAUUAAAGACAUGAAAAAACCAGCAGUCCCAAGUCGUCUUUUAAAGCCUGGUCCACCAAACCCAAAUCGCCAUUUGAAGCCUCCUCCAGCUCGACCUCCCCAUGGUCGGCCCGCACCACCUCCAAGAGUGCAGUCGCUAGGAAUAAAGCCCUCUGGGAAGUAGUAGCGUUGGCCUCACCGCCAGAGUGCUCU